AUGUCCGCUCGGUUCGGCCUGCGCUUUGCGCAACAAUCACCUCGACAAUUCGUGUCUCGAACCCCAUUCCAGGCUCGAAACCCCAUUUUUCGACGAUACCAAGGCACAGCAGCCAAUCCGGCUGUUGAGAGUCCGGUACAGCAACAGAGCGUGUGGCAGAGAUUAUGGACCAGCGAAGUCGGGAUCAAGACUGUGCAUUUCUGGGCUCCCGUGAUGAAAUGGGGUGUGGUGCUUGCUGGCGCCACGGAUUUCCUCCGACCCGCCGAGAAACUGUCCUUGACACAGAAUCUGGCUCUCGUGGCUACCGGCUCCAUCUGGACGAGAUGGUGCUUCGUUAUUAAGCCCAGGAACGUCCUUCUGGCAGCAGUCAAUUUCUGCCUCGCCCUAGUCGGCAGUAUCCAAUGCGCCCGGAUCUUCUUGUACAAACGAUCAGUGACGGGCAGCACGACCGAGGCGCUGAAGGAACUGGAGCAUGACAUUGAAGGCAAGGCCAAGAGUACAGAGAAGAAGAUCGAGCAGAAGAUCUAA